GUGUCCGGCCUCUGCUGAUCCUCUUCCUCACCACCUGUUGCAUCUUAAUGCGACAGUUUAUCUGCAGAAGCACGAUCAGAAAAGACUUAACUUGGACAAUUUGUUAGUUGUGGCGAUUCACAACAGGAAGGCUCAGAUAAUGCCUUUUAAAUGACAGGAGUGCUUUAGAUCUGAGAAGGGCUCACCUGCUUCCAACACGUACUUGUGCACCAGCUUUUGACUACGAGUUAAUCCCUUGUUUGUCUUUGCAGGAUGUCUAUGAGAACUCUUCCCCUGGUUUUCAUUAAUCUUGGUGGGGAGAUGCUUUACAUACUGGACCAACGCUUAAAUGCUCUCAACACGUCUGAGGACAAUUCAGACAAAGGUAGAGGUAGCUUGAGAAAUUACAGGCAUGGGAGGAGUGUGGUCAGAAAAUGACAGAAAAAGAGUUAUGAAUGACAUUGUGGGGUCCAUGUUUAGUAAAGACUUCAUGGAUGAACUUCUCAAACCUCAGCAACUGUAUUCUCACCGAACCCUGAAAACAGUACUAACUCGUAUAGCACACGCCUCCAUCAUGAGGCUGAACCCGGUCAGCAUGGACAGGCUUUACGAGCUGAUGGUCAUGGCGUUCAAAUAUCAAAUCUUCCUUUGUCCAAGGCCUAAAGACCUGCUGCUCAUCACUUACAAUCACAUAGAUACCAUCAGGGAAAUUGUAAAAGACACUCCUGUGGUAGUGAACCAAGUGGACGAGACACAUAGGAAGAUCAUCGAGGUAUACUCUUCUCUACCCGAAGGUGAAUUCCAGCUUCUUAGACAAACACUGCUCAUAUUUUUUCAAGACAUGCAUAUUCGAGUGUCACUUUUCCUCAAAAUUCAAGUCCAAAAUCCCAACGGACGUUUUGCACUGUCAACAUCAGGCCCAGUGCCUCAUGGGAUAGAAGUCCCAGGGCUCAUUAGGAUGUUUGAUGGAAAGGGCAGAGAAAUAAGACGAAGUGAGUUCCCCUCAGAAGGAAGUUACAGCAGCUCUGUGAAAGAGGGAUGCUUUGAACUGCAUGGAGACAGAGUCAUCAGACUGGGCAUGAACAUGUACACCGUGAACAAUCCAGAGGAGACGCACACAUCUAAGGAUACCUCUGUCAAGAUGGACGACACUCCCAACCUGCUGGCCAAAGAGGAGUUGAACCUGCUUGCUCGCCUGAUGGGCAGCAUGAAGGCCGAAAAGGUUCCCAAAACUGAAACUGGCUUUUGGAUAAACAUGUUCCCCACGGACCAAGAGGAGGAAGAGGCAGGAACUUCAGGCGUAGCCGAGGAGUCCUUGUUUGAAGUGAUAAAUAUUCAAGCGAUGCAGGAUGAACAGGUAACGACUGAACUGGCUCGGAUCGCCGGACAGUUUGCGGAAGAAGAAGAUCCGCCUUUAAAUCUGAGCAGCAGUAAAGGAGACGACCUGCUGGCCAUGAUGGAUGACCUCUGACCUUGAUGUGGAGUUUCAACAAGAUUUAAUUUAACUCUACUGCCCACUCUUUAUCUCGACAUGUUUGUUUAACAAGAUUAGAGAGUAAGAAUAUAUCAAAUGAAUCAGAAAUCCUUUAUAAUGACUAGCAUCUUAAGUUAUAUUUAACUGUACUUAAUUAUCAAGCACUACCACCAUUGCAAAAAUACAUGUUCUAUUGUAAAACAUAUUUUUCUUUAUAAUAAUUGAGUUUUCCAUCAAGCAUUUAUUGAAU